UUCAGGAACAGUCUGCAAUGUAAUUCCCAGAGUUGCAAAGAUGUCAGGCACUAUCAGAUACUACGACGAAGAAGUUAGAGACAAAGUAGUUGAGAGAAUCCACCAAAUCACUGAGAAUGUAAGCAAGGCCUUCAACUGUAAAGGCACUGUUAACGCUGAUAAUGUCUAUCCAGCUGUUCUUAACCAUGAAAAACAGACUGAGAUAGUACUAGAUAUUGCUGAAAAGGAGUUAGGAGAGGAAGGUGUUAACACUACUAAGCACUUACCUUGGUUUGCAAGUGAAGAUUUUUCAUUUUUCUUGCAGAAGAUCCCUGGAACUUUCAUUUUACUAAAUAAUGUGAAGCCAGGGGAUGAGCCAGUCUCCUUGCAUUCCUCCUACAUGGACUAUAAUGACCACUUGACUCCAACUGGUGCAUAUUUAAACAUCAGAAUUCUUGAGAACAGGCUUGGAUUUUCAGUGCUAUAGGUUUCAAUUCCAAUUAA